GCCGAGUCCCUUCGUUUCGCACCGAAACUAUGGAGGCGGAUUCGGUGAGCAGCCGGCGCGGAAAGUCAUCAAAACGACGAUUCGGACUGGGGAGGGGUCGCCGAGGGGCUGCUGUCGCUGCUCGCCGCGUGUUUGCGACCGCUGCGCAAUCACUCCACGAUCUCAGUGUGGGAUCUGUGUCUUCUUUGGGAACCUCGUGCUUGAGGCCAACAUGUUGCUGUUCAUGGGGAAGUCGCGGAACGCGUGA